CUUCCGGCUCUGGCCGUGCGGAGCAGAGACGCUGUUGUGGGCGCAGCAUCCAGAGAUACAGAGGAGACGGCGACAAUGGCUGACAUAUCACUGUAUCUCACUAACGUUAAUGUGUCGAUAGGACAGAACAUGGCUGUGGAGCAGAGUCCAAACCCGGGUAGGGACUUUGAGAGUGUGGAGCUGGGGGAGCUGGACAAAAGAGAGCAGCAGCAUCAGCAGCAGAGGGAGAAGGUUCCUCGUAGGAUCAUCCAUUUCUCCAGUGGGGAGACCAUGGAGGAGUACAGCACCGACGAGGAGGAGGGAGAGGACAAGGAGCCAGAGAGGAAAGACCUGCUGUCCUCCCCGGUCGAUGCGUCAAAGAUGACUUGGGGUCCGUACUUCUGGUUCCACAUGUGGAGAGCUGCCACCUCCACCAUCUCAGCAUGUGACUACCUAGGGGAGAGGAUGGCCUCCCUCUUUGGGAUAACAUCAGCCAAAUAUCAGUACGCUAUUGAUGAAUAUUACAGGAUGAAGAGGGAGAGGGAGGAGGAGAAGGAGGAAACCCGCUUGUCAGAAGAAGCAGAGCGAUCCUUCGACCAGCUACAGUCUCAGGAAGACGAGGACGAGCCGGUCACCGCCGCAGACCAGCCGGAGGUAGCCGCCACUCACCCUGACGUGACCUAUCAGAUCGAGAAUGAAAACCAGGUACCUCCAAGCACCAUCAGAGUCCCCGCUAUCGUCACGGCAACCUAACCAUCCCCAGAGAGGGACGUUUGAGCUUUAAUGUGUGUUUGUUUAUUAAAGAAGGAACACUUUGUCUUGUUUCACAAAGCACCAGUUUGGUUUGUGUGUUACACAGCUUCAGAUGGGCAGUGCUGCUGUAUGGUGGUUGUUGGGCAAGGACAGUCGUGGUGGAGUCACUCCUCUGACUACCAUGUGUCCCUUUGCAACAGUGUAGCAACUGAUAAAGUAACUGCUGGCUAAUGAGGCAACACAUUUAAAUCUUUGGACACACUGAUUUUAACAAAAAGUAUGUAAUGAAAAGCAUAUCAUAUGAGUCAGAAAAUGUCAUGAAAUGUGCCAGUUCAUCUGCUCAUGCCCAUUUAGACCAGAAGUUUCCUUUGUUCUCUUGUCAUUAAUAUAUUAUUCAACACUUAAGGCUUUGUUAGUUGCUACAGCAGCCUCCCAGAUUUGAACAUUUGCUGUGGAGUGAAGGUUAUAUGUUGCUCCCCUGUGCCUCUGAUGGACCAGACACUGUGCCUAAAUCACCAAUACAGCCAAGUCAGCGCCAGAUCUAGACUAAACAGAUAUUUGAAAAUGAUUUCAAGUGUGUAAAGAUGGAAAAUAGCCGUUGAUCUAGUGUGUACACUCAGCUUUGGAUAAAGUUUUUCCAAGUAGUUGAUGCAUUUAACAGCUAUUUUGUCCAGAUCUGGUCAAAACGGUGCGUUCUCAAUACACCUGGCUGCACCAAAGAGCUGACCAUUUUAACACUCCCUCACUCGUUUGCUUGUUGUCUGUAUUAAUGUUUAUUAAGAUUGUACUGCACUCAAUGUCUGUGGAAGCACUGAGCAGAUUUAGCCUUGGUUACCAAAUCAUUGUUGGACCGUGAGACUAACUGAUGUUUUGUUUGAAAAAAGAAAGAAAGAAAAACACUAUGAAAACGGGUCUAGCUGUUCUAUGUUGCUCUUACUGUCUGCCUCAUCUACUACAGAUAGAACAUAUACAGUAGUAGAUGUGGUAUAUUGGCCUUUGAUAAUGGCAGGGAGCGUUGUUACACUAAGUCUGUAUUAAAACAUGCAAACUUAAUUUUUUAACAGUUUUUAGUACAAUUUUUGAUAUUUCUGUAUUUAUUUUACCAAACUGACUGCACUUAAUUUAAACAUUUUUUCUAUUGUUUUAGUAAGUAACACUGUAAUGAACUGUUACAAUAAAAUCAUAGUUAUUGUCUGACUUUUA